AUGGGUGUUACUUUUACACUUUACAGAACGGGUAAUUGUCCAUAUAUGUUAAAAAUAUUCAGAGUUGUUGUGUUUGGACUUGAUCGGUCACAUGAAAUCAUCGAAUCGAUUAGUAACGGCGCUCAAAAGGACGAUAUGAAGGUUGUGUACUCGGACAAGCUCCUCUCGAAUAUCUACACUGAGUCUAGAGCGAAGAGGAGGCGGAAUCGGAGGUUUAAGCUAUCGCACAUUUGCUCAAUAAGCACGAGUGGCAGCACCUAUAAAGUUAAACUACCAGAGGAGCUUUCCAACUUGGAGGUUAUUGAAACGAAUACUAGGCUAACUUCUGAGCCUGAGUUACUGUCCACCGAGGUAUUAUUAAAACAGAUGUAA